ACUGAUUCGAAACAAAAGAUUCGGAUCUUUUGUAAGGCUGAUUCGAACGCGCAAAGCACAAGCGGCUCAGAGGGAAGAUGGCGGCCGCCUACCUGACCCACCAACAGAAGGUCCUGCGACUCUACAAGAAAUCCCUGAGACAUAUCGAGUCUUGGUGUAUUUUCAGGGAUAAAUAUCGCUUCUAUGCGUGUUUGCUGCGAGCGCGCUUCGAUGAGAACAAGCAUGAGAAGGACAUGGUGAAAGCCACCAUGAUGCUGAAGGCAGGAGAGGAGGAGUUCUGGGCCAAUCAGCACCCGCAGCCCUAUCUGUUCCCAGACUCACCUGGAGGAACGUCCUAUGAAAGAUACGAGUGCUACAAAGUCCCUGAAUGGUGUCUGGACCAUUGGCAUCCCUCGGAGAAAGCCAUGUACCCCGAUUACUUUGCUAAGAGGGAACAGUGGAAGAAGCUGCGGGCUCAGAGCUGGGAUAGAGAGGUCCAGCAGCUGCAGGCUGAAACCCCUGCUGAAGGCCCUAAAUCUGAGGCGCUGCCUCCAGCCCGCAAGGAAGGAGACCUGCCGCCCCUGUGGUGGCAGUUUGUCACUCGUCCCAGAGAGCGUCCCAUGUGAGGACGGGUGCAGAAUAGGUGUCUGAAACACCCCUCUGUCAAACUAUGUCUCUAUGAGCUCAGUCCUUAUAAUUCAAAUAAAGUAUUGUGUGAAUCA